UACUGGAUCGAGGUCGUCAAUGGCUACUAUCCCAACGGCUUCUGAACAUAAACGACGUCGACACGGGUACGGCUUGUACGAUAGGGAGGCUUUGAGGGGAACACUUGCGGUCACGAAGAUAUCGAAGAACAGAGUGUGUAUGGUUAGUUCCACAUGCAAUGAGAGCAAGACAAGGCGAACUGGGUCACAGCAAAGAUAACACAUUGCACUAUUCCCGAUCCGCAGGUUUUGAGAAGUCGCUGUGGGCGAGAAUAGACAACCUACUAGGCGCAGCAUGCGCCGGUUCCGCGCACUGGCUCCAUUCCCAAGCAGCCGUAUAAUAACCGUUACGUCGUCGGUAUACGCACCUCGAGCUACAUAUCGUUCAUCUCGGAACAGACGUGGACGAGCUCAACCCACAACGUUGGAACAACGCGCUCCGGCGCGGCGACCUCAGGCUUCCGGUGCAAGCGAUAGUACUGCCAGAUCGGGUAACACCAAUCGAUCCAGGAAGGAUUGCAUCAUCGUGGUUAUACUGUCCCGCCGUCGCUCUCCGCCGCUCCAAUAUAAGCCACCCAUGGGCCUCGCGAAGCAUUCUCGCACUCACCCUUCCUCCUCGUUGAUCGCCCAGCCACCAUGCCCAGUGCAGAGACCGCAGGAUACCAGGUGCGGGAAUUUGGCGAUGUCGGGGGAGAGUUGGCUGAAGGCCGUCGCCGCAGUUUAACCACACCAUGGUCCGGGUGAAGGACCCGGAGGUGUCGAUAAAGUUCUACACCGAGGUGCGUUGUCAGAGUCAGAGCAUGGACGUGGC